GCGACGAUGGAGUCGGUGCGGGCGCAGCGGCUGCAGCCCGGCGUGGGCGGAACGCUGCGCUCCCUGCGGCCCGGGGUCACCGGGGCUCCCGCCGCCGUCGCCGCCGCCGCCGCUCCGCCUCCUCCGGCCGCUCUGGGGCCGGGCCUGGGGCUGCCGCCGCCGCCCCCCCCGCUGGGCCUGCAGGGCCCCGCCGCCUCCGCCCCGCCCCCCCCCGGCUCGGGGCCGCCCGCGGUGCUGCGGGAGGCGGUGGAGGCGGUGGUGCGGAGCUUCGCCAAGCACACGCAGGGCUACGGCCGAGUCAAUGUGGUGGAAGCCCUGCAGGAGUUCUGGCAGAUGAAGCAGUCGCGUGGGGCCGACCUGAAGAACGGAGCCCUGGUGGUGUAUGAGAUGGUGCCAGCCAGCAGCCCGCCCUACGUCUGCUACGUCACGCUGCCCGGGGGCAGCUGCUUCGGCAGCUUCCAGGUACGGCUGCAACCCUGAGCGCUGCUGGGAUGAGCAGCGCUUAUGGGCUGGAGCUGGGAUGGGUUGGUGGGUUAAGGUUCCCUUAUAGGGCCCUGGGUUGCACCCCGAAUCUCUUUUUGAAAUGGCAAAACUGGAAAACAGAGCUCCGUGUUCGAUCGGUGCUCUUGGCCUUGCUAUGAGAAGGAAAGCACCCAAAUGUCUGCCCCGAAAGGUGAAGGGCUGAGAACCGCUGUGGGUCCUGGCAGUGCUGGGUCUCAGAAUCACAGAAUGGAUCACAGAAUGGUUUGGGUUGGAGGGGACCUCAAGGGUCACGAAGCUGCAGCCGCUUUCUGCACUCAGGGCCACCAACGUCCACAUUCACAGCAGCCAGGCUGCCCAGAAAUUCCUUUUGAGCCAUAGGAAGUCCCUGAAGGAGGAUCUGUGAGGACCCACUGGUGUCAGCAGCAUCGGAGUGCAGGGCUGGAGGUGCCUGCAGGACCCCAGAAAGGAUGCAGUGCUCCCAAACCCAUCUCUGCUGCUGCGUUCUGUGCUCCGCGUGGCCCAGCAGCACAUCACAGAACCACAGCAUGGUUUGGGUUGGAGGGGACCUCAAGGAUGACGAAGCUCCAACCCCCACCACAUGCAGG